AUGCCGCUGGUAAAAAGAAACAUAGACCCCAGGCACCUAUGCCACACAGCUCUGCCCCGAGGUAUCAAGAAUGAAUUGGAAUGUGUCACCAAUAUCUCCUUGGCAAAUAUAAUCAGACAACUGAGUAGCCUAAGUAAAUAUGCUGAAGAUAUAUUUGGUGAACUUUUCAAUGAAGCACACAGUUUCUCAUUUAGAGUCAACUCUUUACAAGAACGUGUAGAUCGCUUAUCUGUCAGUGUUACACAGCUUGAUCCAAAGGAAGAGGAAUUGUCACUGCAGGACAUUACAAUGAGGAAAGCUUUCCGGAGUUCCACGAUUCAAGAUCAACAGCUGUUUGACCGCAAAACUCUGCCUAUUCCUUUGCAAGAAACUUAUGACAUUUGUGAACAGCCUCCUCCACUUAACAUUCUCACCCCUUACAGGGAUGAUGGAAAAGAGGGUUUGAAGUUUUAUACCAAUCCUUCAUACUUCUUUGAUCUGUGGAAGGAAAAAAUGUUGCAAGACACCGAGGACAAAAGAAAAGAAAAGAGGAAGCAGAAGCAGAAAAAUCUAGAUCGUCCUCAUGAACCAGAAAAAGUGCCAAGGGCACCUCAUGACAGACGGAGAGAGUGGCAGAAGUUAGCCCAAGGUCCGGAGCUCGCGGAAGAUGAUGCUAACCUCUUACAUAAGCACAUUGAAGUUGCUAAUGGCCCAGCUUCACAUUUUGAAUCAAGAUCUCAAGCAUAUGUGGACCACAUGGAUGGAUCGUAUUCGCUUUCUGCAUUACCCUAUAGCCAGAUGUCCGAACUUCUGAACAGAGCCGAGGAGCGAGUGCUGGUCAGACCAAAUGAACCACCGCCACCACCUCCAAUGCAUGGAGCAGGAGAUGUGAAACCUGUGCCUCCUUGUGUUAGUUCUACUACUGGCUUGGUAGAAAAUCGUCCUCAGUCACCAGCAACAGGCAGGACACCAGUGUUCGUGAGCCCCACUCCUCCUCCUCCACCACCACCCUCUUUACAUCCAGCUCCACCUCCAAUUGCUCCUCCCCUAGCACAACCCUCUCCUCCCGUCACUAGGGCUGCCCAAGUGUGUGAAGCUGUACCCGUUCACCCAGUUCCUCCUCAGGCUGAAGUACAGGGACUUCCUCCACCACCCCCACCUCCUCCCUUGCCUCCUCCUGGCAUUCGACCCUCCUCUCCUGUCACAGUUGCAGCCCUUUCUCACCCUCCUCCUGUUCUACACCCUCCUCCCGCAACCAUUGUCCCUGGCCCUCAUGCCCCCCUAAUGCCUCCAUCUCCACCAUCCCAAGUGAUUCCUGCUCCUGAACCCAAACGCCAUCCUUCAACUCUUCCUGUAAUCAGUGAUGCUAGAAGCGUUCUGCUGGAAGCAAUACGGAAAGGUAUCCAGCUACGCAAAGUUGAGGAGCAACGUGAACAAGAAGCUAAGCAUGAGCGCAUUGAGAAUGAUGUUGCUACUAUACUUUCUCGUCGCAUUGCUGUGGAAUACAGUGACUCAGAAGAUGAUUCAGAAUUCGAUGAAGUGGAUUGGUUAGAGUAA